AUGCCUCCCGCCCUGGCCGUGCUGCUGUUUUGGGGCCUGCUGGCCCGCGGCCGGGGCUGCCUGCAGUGCGAGCCCGCCGCGCAGGAGGCGCUGAGCCAGCUGCGCGCGGCCCUGGGCCCCGAGCGCUUCCAGCACGAGCGGCUGCACGCGCGCGCGCAGGCCCUGAUGCUGGGCAUGGAGGGGCCUUUCUUCCGGGACUACGCGCUGAACGCGUUCGUGGGGAAAGUGGGAAUAGGCGACCUAGAACUUGUGGCGUCCUUUCUCAAGAAUCAAACAAGCCACUUAAUGUCUAGUUCUCUCAAAGAUGGGCCCCUGCUGGAAGAGCUCGUGGCUCUUAGGGAGAGGGUAAUCAAGGAACUGAAGAAAGCCUUGAGGUCGUAUGAAUUAAAAGCCUGCGAUCGCAAAAUUUGCCGCUUGCAAAAGGAAGAGGUCUUAGACUGUUUACAUUGCCAGAAGAUCAGUCCCAAGUGUAUCAAAAAGAAGUACUGUUUUGUCGACGGGCAGCCCCGCAUGACCCUGCAGUACCAGAAGGCGAGCGGAUACUGGCGGAAUCAGGCCCUGUUUGGCACCAUCACGUCCGUGUGUCUGGCUGUCUUCCUCUUCGGGAUCAUCGUGGCUUCGGCGAUGACGUACAGGCAAAACCGAAAACUCCUGCUGCGCUAGGGCAGUGGUUUGGGAAUUUGUAAGGGGAAAGGGAAAGAAAUCUAAUAAAGUCUAUGACAAAUUC